AUGAUUGCUACUGACCAUACCGAUGACGAUGAUGACAAUGACAAUGACGAUGCCAUGAUGGGCCGACGGGCAAUGCGCGACGCGCGACGACUCCAUCAAACACCAUGGUUCCCUCUCUCCAACUCUCUUUCCCUCUCACACGCACUAUCACCCGCCACACCCCCUCGAGGCCAACACCAAAACCGUCGUCCAAGCGAGUCAACUUCAUCACAUAUCCUGGCGGAGAUCGCACUCAUCUGUUCAGGUAAAACGGCUUUGAUGCACCCCUGGGUUCAUUUUGACAUGUUCCUCACGCUGCCGAGGCCGUCGUCGUCCAUGUCGCGUAGAAAAUCUCCACCAUGGCGCGAACCGCCAGCGGGCGUGCUGACAGCUAUUCACACGCCUAGUGCACUACCAAGGCCGAGAGCCGGCGCUGGGCACGACACGAUGCAUUUGCCCUGUGCAAGAGAGCUGCCAGGCCAGCUAACCGGCCAGCAGACCAGCAGGCCAGCAACCAAGCCAGCAGUCUGCGCCACCGGCACGGUCGCCCCCCACCCGCACGUGCUUGUCACAACCCAUUGCUGUCUCUGUCGGCUCACCCACGCCCCCUUCGCCGCCACACUGGCCGGCGGGUCGAGACGGACCAACGUCCUCUUUUCAUGA